AUGCAUUAUAAUAAAAGUUAUAUUGGAGAAAACUCUUAUGAAUACACAGAAUGUGGCAACACCUUCAAAAACAAGUUUUGUAUCAUUAGACAUGAAAAAAAGCAUACAAGAAAAAAGACCUUUGGAUGCAAUGAAUGUGAGAAAACCUUCCAAAAGAAGUCUCAUCUCAUUAGACAUAGAAAAAAAUCAUACAAGGAAAAAAAAAAAUCUUUUGAAUGCAAUGACUGUGGGAAAGCCUUUAACAGUAGGGGACACCUUAUAGCUCAUCAAAAAAUUCAUAGUGGAGAGAGACCCUUUGUGUGCAAUGAUUGUGGGAAAGCAUUUAUGCAUAAAGCACAACUGGUGGUCCACCAGAGACUUCACACUGGAGAGAAGCCCUAUGAAUGUCGUCAGUGUGGGAAAUCCUUCACUUGGAACUCCUCCUUUACUCAACAUGUGAGAUCUCAUACACUCGAGAACUCAUUUGCAUGUAAGGAAUGUGGGAAAACCUUCAGGUACAGUUCGUCCCUUUAUAAACAUUCUAGAUUUCAUACAGGAGAGAAACCGUACAGACACAGAGAAUGUGGCAAAGCCUUUGCAGACUCAUCAGUGCUUGUCAUGCAUCAGAGAAUUCAUACAGGCGAGAAACCCCAUGGGUGUCCUGAAUGUGGCAGAGCCUUCAUCAAGAAGUCACAUCUCCUUAAACAUUCUUUAACUCAUACAGCAGAGCAACAAAAUAAAUGUCACACAUGUGGGAAAUCUUUUAACCAGAAGAUUCAUCUCAUUCUCCAUCAAAGAAGUCAUAAAAACAUGGAAGCUUUGUGAAUGUGGGAAAACUUAAAAUUAGCUUUUUAAUAAAGCAGCAAAGAAUUCAUCAUGAAAAAGCCCUGUCAACUGAAUAAACAGGGAAAAGCAUGUUCUGAAACUCAUAUUCUGUAAGUAGUAUUACUAAUUUUAUUGAAAAGAUUACAGAAAAUUUUGAGUUUUAUUUGGCAUUAUGAUCUGUGCUCUGUGCUCUUUGCUCCCUUUCUUAAAUACCAGAAUUAAUAGAGUAAAAGAAUUAGCUAAGUAUGAACCAUAAUGAAUCAAAAUUAAACAGAUGUUUGAAAAUUGAAACAAGGUAUAAUUUAUUCAUUUAUUUUACUAUUUAAACCAAGUCAUUGUCAGGUGCUGGGGGAUAGAAAGCAUUAUAUUUAAAAGAUACUUACGAGGGGGGGAUGAACAGGUUUUUACAUCAACAUAUGUGCUUAUGAUUGCAAGGCGAAUGAACUGGUCCGGGUUUGGUGAAUGGAACUCCCCCUCAGUGGCGGAAAUGUAAAUUGGCAUAAUCUUUUGGACCACGGUUUGGUAAUGUGAUUAAAAGUCUUAAAACUUCAUACCAUUUGACUGAGCAAUUCCAUUUCUAAGAAUCUGUCCUAAGGAAAUAAUUAGACAUUUGGUAAAUGACUCACGUACAAAGGUAUUUAUCAUUGUGUUAUCUACACUAGCAACAGUUACUGCAGUACUCAACCAGCCCUCAGAUCUACUUAGUGGCUUAUAACAACAAAGAUUUAUUUCUCACCCCUAACACAAGCCCAUGCUGGACAGGCUGGGGACUCAACUCCACGUUGCCUCACUCUGGAACCAUCCUGAACAUAUUUGUUACCUACUGCUGAAUAACAAAUUACUCCAAAACUUGGUAGCUUAAAACAACAAACAAUUAUUAGCUCACAAUCUGUGGGUCAGGAAUCUGGCAUAGCUUUGCUAGAUCCUCUGUCUCUUAUGAGACUGCAGUCAAAGUGUUGGCUGGGACUACAGUCAUCUCUAGGCUGAACAGAAGGAAGGACAGGCUUCCAAGCUCACUUAUGUGGUGAUUGGCAGGCCUCAGGAGAGCCACUUCCAAACUUACUCACGUGGCUGUUGGCAGGCCUGAGGUCCUACCUGGUGGGAGACAUCAGUUCUUUGCCACACAGACCUCUCCGGGUCCCACAAGAACAGCUCACAACAAAGCAGCUGGCUGCUCUUAGAGUGAGCAAGGGAGCGAGGGAGGGUAAAGAGGACAAGCAAGAUGGAAGCCAGAAUCGUUCUGUAACCUAAUCUUGGAAUUGAUAUCCCAUCACUUUUGCUAUAUUCUCUGUUCCUUAGAAGCAAGUCACUAGGUUCAGCCCACACUCAAGGAUAGUGGAUUGCAAGGGCUUGAGUAUCAGGAGAAGGGGUCACUGGAGGCCAUUUUAGAGGCUGUCUGCCACACUGAACAUUACAAUUUCUGGGGCAGAGGGUAAAGAAACAUGACAAAUUGUGCACUGGCUCUUAAAAGAUUCCUUUUGGAAGUGGCACACGUUACAUUACUACACAUUACCUUGCUCAUAUUUUGCAGCCAAACAAGUCAUGCUGUCACCACUAACUUCCAAGGGAUGGGAAAUUGCAGUUCUACCACAUACUGGGAAGAGGAAACCCAUUAUAUUUGUGAGUGGCACUGACUACCACAGCUGCAGGUUCAACAGUGGGAGAAUAGUUUAAAAUUUUUGAUACAUCCACAUACAGAACAUGAUGUAACUCUAACUCUAACAGAUCUUAAGCAGGAUAUCUCCUUUAGCCCAGGAUGGAAACUAGGAUCAACAAGUGAGGAUCAUCAAAUACUCUACAUUAUUUUAUUUUUUAAAAAGCCACAGAUAAUUGGGGGCCCGGCAACUUCUCCACUUCCACGACUUAGUAAAAAGUAACCAAACCGACUUCUCUAUCCUCAACCAUCUUCCCAGACCUGCUCCACCCAUCCCCUCAACCUCAUAUAACUAGAAGAUUGGUUGGAGGGGCGGAAUGGGAAUCACAAGCGUCAUGAAUCAGCCCUGGGGGAGAGUGCCCUGGUGUUUCUCUCCAAAAAUCAAGUAAGGAUUCCAAGAGCUUCCCCCCACGGAGACUGGGGCUACUUGCAAGAAGCUCCUGGAAGCCUGUACGGAGACAGCAAGGCAGAGACGGGCGGCCAAGCGGCUACCACGUUAAGCACACUAUCUGGGGGAGGGGUGGGCCCAGAGGGUGGAAGAGGUCACACUGGGGUGGAGCCACCCAUCAGAGGACCGUGCGGGAGGGAGGGCCGCCCCGACCGGCCCCGCGCCACCCUGCCUUAGAACGCCUGCCCGCCAGAGGCGCCUGUGCAGCCGUCAGUGGGAACCAGCGCGGUGACAUCCCAGAGAGCGACAGGCCACGAGGGAGACACCGGUCCGUCUCCGCACUCUCAGUCCCCAACCCCCAAAGGAGCCCGACCCCGACGUGCGAGGGAGGACAAGUCAUCCCGGCCCGCCCCUCCGGGAGCUCCGCGGGACGGCCGAGCUUCUACAGCGGCAGGAGAGAGGCUGCGGGCACUCCCAUUGUCGCAGACCAGGAAAUAAAAUUAAAAAGUGGUCUUUCUCCCCUCAGCAAGGCGGAAAGAGGCGUUUCCACACGCCAGGCUGACGGCUGGGCCAGCGGACCCGGGUGCUACCGGGCGGACCCAGGGGGCGCGCCGCAGGGGCUUGUGGGAGUGUCCGCGGCUCUCUCCGCGCAGGCGCAAUGCGGCCGGGCAGCGGGCUCGGCCCCGCGGCCAGGUGCCGUGGAGACCAUGGUUGACCUGGGGUAACUGAAAGUCUGGACAUUGAAUCUGAGGAAAGUGAAACUACGGGUAAGGGGAGACUACUACUCAUGUAUACAGUAAAUAAAUUGAAAAGAAGCCAUCGCUGAGUGCCAGUCUGAGGACUGCAGUCAGUGGUAUCUGUGCUAGAGGAGAGAAAAAAUCAGUGUGCACCAGGUGAUCAAGGAAGACUUCCUGAAGGAGGAACCUGUUACGUUCAAGGAUGUGGCCAUGGACUUCACCGAGGAGGAGUGGGGGCAACUAGACCCUGCACAAAGGGCCCUGUACAAAGAGGUGAUGCUGGAGAUCUACGGCAGCCUGGUCUCAGUGGG